UGGACACAGCUAAGAAGGAACGAAAAAGAAGAGGAAGCGGAGAAAUUGUGCAAUCCUCAUUUCCGUUAAGUGUGUGACGACAAUGGUGGACUGUACAUAGUGUAUGUACAUAUAAUACUGUAUAAUGUGUGUGGAAGUGUGCGAGAUGGGACACAGGAACUACCCUACCCACCGUCUUGUUUACUUCCGUGUCUGCGCACUAGCCUCCUGCACGCAUACAACCUGCGUCCUUCCUUCCGUUGUUUGUGUGAAAUUGCGAAGUGUUCGGAUUAUCGUUGUAGUUCCGAGGAAUCGAGGCAGUUCAUGCGGUUAAUGUAUAAAUGUAAAUAUGUAUAUUUGAUCAUAUAUUUGUUAUCUAACGUACUCAAAGUAGUUGCACUUUUUGGACGACUUCCGCGUUUGCGCCACUCCACGAUGCUUUACGGUAGUGGUACUGAUGCGGGAUGAGUCAGGCAAUAUGAUGCUGCUAUCGCUGCCAUUUCAUCACUUGCCUACAAAUGACAGGCAAAUGACUUUGUGGCAGUGAGCGUCGACGCCGAGAAAAGACUCCUUGUGUGCACCCUGUUCCUGCCUUUUGUUGCCGCUCUGCGCCCAGACACCACCGAGGACACAGGGGCCUGACUCCAGGGCCUACACCCGUCGUCGCCUCCAGCGGUCCAUCCAUCCGGUCAGACGCCUCAGACGUUGCCAUCAUGGAUCCCGGGCCGGCUUGCAUGUCCUGAACAAUAAAGAGAGAAAGAAGGCUAGUGCAUCUUUCCCCCCAGCUCCAAACAAGAAGACAGACCGGUAGAGUGACAGGGAGUCAAGCACCAGAGCCGAGUUAUGGAAGCGAUCUGGCUCUAUCAGUUCCGUCUCAUCGUGAUCGGCGACUCCACGGUGGGCAAGUCGUGUCUGAUUCGCCGCUUCACCGAGGGCCGCUUCGCUCAGGUGUCGGACCCUACAGUGGGUGUGGACUUCUUCUCCCGACUGGUGGAGAUCGAGCCAGGCAAGCGGAUCAAGCUGCAGAUUUGGGACACGGCGGGCCAAGAGCGCUUCAGGUCCAUCACUCGGGCCUACUACCGCAACUCUGUGGGUGGCUUGCUCCUGUUCGACAUCACCAACCGCCGCUCCUUCCAGAACGUGCACGAAUGGCUGGAGGAGGCACGCAGUCACGUGCAGCCACACAGCAUUGUCUUCCUGCUGGUGGGCCACAAAUGUGACCUGGAGGCCGAGCGUCAGGUAAGCCGGCAAGAGGCUGAGAAGCUGGCGGGGGCCUACAGCAUGCGCUACAUCGAAACAUCCGCGCGUGACGCCAUCAACGUGGAGCGUGCCUUCACAGAGCUGACCAAAGACAUCUUCGCCCUGGUGCGGUCUGGCAACAUCACCAUCCAGGAGGGGUGGGAGGGCGUCAAAAGCGGCUUCGUUCCCAACGUGGUGCACUCCUCUGAGGAGGUGACGAAGAGCGACCGCCGUUGCCUCUGCUGAUGUGGGAGGAGCUUUGACAGAGCGGAGUGGCUAACGGACUGUGGUGUCAGCCAUCUUUGCUGAAGCAGAGCAGACCACUGGAGAGUUGUGGUCAUUUUUUUUGACCGCCAAUGUUUAAUUUGAUGGGAAAACAAGGAUCACAAAUACUUCAAUUGCUUCUGUGGGCUCCCAAAAUUUAAAUCCAAGUUUCCUCCUCUUUCUUCUUCUCCUCCAAUAUGCAAUUCCAUCAUUACAUACACUAAGUUUAUAGCCAACUUUAUCUGGCCUCAUGGACAAGUCACAAACUAACACAGGAGGGCAGAAUCAGCUGGGAAUUUACUGUUGUUGCACUUGGAGCGUCACGUCAGCAUCGUUCUGCUUCAGUAUCACAUUAUAGCAAAGCAACAUUCACUUCUGAAGGAGUCCUUAGAAGCAGGUGGACCUUCUCUCGUUAAGGUGGACCCAAAGGGAACCCAACAGCACCGAAACAGCUGACUUCCAAAACUGUUGUGUCUCUGGGAGUUCGAGCAAAGAGGGAGCAUAAGCAUCCAGAACCAAAACACAUUGAAUUUACCCACAAUGCACGCUUUGAGACAAAAGUGUACCACUGUAUAAUCGAGCAAAGGAGGUCCAGCUGGCUUGCGGACAUUUCCACACAGGCACAAGAAUGUUUGUUGGUUACGUGUGUGCUUUUGACUUCCUCAUGCCAUUAACACACAUGAAGACAAGCCUGACAUCUGUCAAAAAUACACCCAACAUGGUAACAAGGCUGUCUACCACUCUGAAGACUUUUUGGUUACAGCUGUAUUUUAUUCACUUCCCGUAGUGUCCCAAUACUUUUUUUUUUUACAUGCAGUGUAUGCGCCUGAAAACAAAAGUGGGGUUUGGCAGUUGUUCAUAUAGUCCCUUAAUGUUCUAUUAAAAUAAACCACUGGAUCAAAUACA